CGCCUCGCCCGCCGCCGCGAUGUCGGACAAGGAGUUCAUGUGGGCCCUCAAGAACGGGGACCUGGAUGAGGUGAAGGACUACGUGGCCAAGGGUGAAGAUGUCAACCGGACAUUGGAAGGUGGGAGGAAACCCCUUCACUAUGCAGCAGAUUGUGGACAGCUUGAGAUUCUGGAAUUUCUGCUAUUAAAAGGAGCUGAUAUCAAUGCUCCGGAUAAACAUAAUAUCACACCACUCCUAUCUGCAGUCUAUGAGGGCCAUGUUUCCUGUGUGAAAUUGCUCCUCUCAAAGGGUGCUGAUAAGAGUGUGAAAGGGCCAGAUGGACUAACUGCCUUUGAAGCCACUGACAACCAGGCAAUCAAAGCUCUUCUUCAGUGAUGGAUGGACUGAUAUCUCUAAUGUCUCUCCUGUGGCCUCACACUGCUGCCUGUCUGUCACUCUUUGUAUCUUCCAGCUUCUUCAGCUAAAUCCUUUGGGGGGAGGGAGGGGAAGUAAUGUUUAUAAUUUGGACUAGUUAGCCUCUAUCCAAACAAAUCAGAAUGUUUGGACAGAGUAGAAACCUAUGUAAUCAGUGUUCCUCUAAUUUUUUUUCUGAUGCACAAUCUUAUUUCUCCAUUUCUAGUAGAACUGAACUUUAUGGAGGGGGAGAAAAAAAAUAUGAUCUUUAACAUUUUGUUAUAAACCUCCUGGGUUCUAAGGUUGCUGUUGUUAAAGAACCAUUGAGAUGAAAAUACGGUUUGUGUUCUGAAAUCCUAAUGGAAAAGGAGACAGUAGUCCAAUACUAUUAGUGUCUCCUGCCAUGAUAUAGCUUUGUAGUAAUCAAGGCAGUUGGGUUGCUUGUAUCUUUUGAAGGGUAGCUUCAUCCCUCUGCCUUAAUAUGUUGCAGUACUGAAGUUUUCUGAUACUAGUUAAUGGAACAGUCUUCAUGUUGACUAAUUGAAAGUCGCAGUGAGGUUUUUUUGUUUGUUUUUUUUUUAUUGAUUCUUGAUUUUUUAACCAGGAAAGACCAGUUCAGGUCAGGCCUUGUUAAACUCCAAAAGGUCUGCCAAGAUAAACUUGGAGUUUUCUCUCCUGUUCGUGUCUUCUAGUCCAGACCAGAUUUGUUAAAUUUGUAAUAUGUGAAGAUUUUGGAUGUAUUUGAGAAUGUCACUUGUAGUUUAAUCCUUUUUAAGAUGUCAGAUGGAAUUCUGUUGUUCACCAUGUUAACAUAAAAAUUAUAUAGAGAGAGGCACCUGGUGAGAACGUCAGGCCCAUCUGGUACUCGGAGAUAAUUUCUCUGCUACUUAAUGAUUCAGACUUAGAUUGCUGCUGGUAUUAUUUAAGUAUUGUCAGCAGAAGUAAAUAUCAAUAUUUCUAAACUUUUUCUACUAAAGUUUCAAAAAAAGACACGUUGCGUAUGAAAAACUUUCUAAGUGUAACAGUAGGAAAAGGCAGACUUAAAAGCAAAUUUAUAUUGAAACCUGUAACUACGCCAUAGAACAGUUUGGUUUUUUUUUUAAUUAACAUGAAGUUUGCUCAGAUUCUUCAUCACUUGUUGACUGAAAGGACAGUUUUUUAAUUUCAUUCUUUCCUCAAGGGAAGGUUCUUCUGAAAGCUCCUACUUGCAUCCCUAUGCCUUUAGGAUGCUGCAAGUAUAUACAGUUUUCAGAUGACACUUACUGUACUCGUAAAUAUUAUAGCACUAGGACUUUAAGUCACAUUGGGGAGGAUUUUAAAAUUGUGACCAAGGAAUUCUUAAUGUUCCUCUUGGGAACAUCAGAAAUUUUGAUUUUUCACUUUUGAAUUGGCACUAGACAUGCCAACUCGCCCAAAGAAUGCAGAAUGGGUUUUCUAACAAGAAAAUCAAUCCAUCAAAUGUAUAUUGACACCAUAAUCUGUUUACUCUUGGGAUACCGGUAUGUGCAGUUUUCUAGUGUUCUGGUAAUAAAAAAAUGUAUAAUGUGUUUUGUUUCAUGCAGAAUGUAUAAACAAAGCAAGAAAAUAUCUGAAGUUGAACAGUUCUCACCUAACUUUCAAUAUUGUGCUUUGGUGAUUGAUUGAUGCCACCCACAUAAAUAUAUACUGAGUUGUUUUCAGUUAUAACCAUGAUGAUGAUACUGAAUGUACCUCAGUUACAAACAGCUACAUUUAAAUUGUAAAAUGAGAAUUAUAGGUUGAUACACAUACAGCAUCCUUCAAAGGAUUAAAACAAUCACGAAUACAAUCUUUUUGUCCAAUAAAGAACUGUACUGUGCAAUUAUUGAUGCUUUUCAGUUAUGGUUAGCAAGAAAGAAUGGGGAGAUUGGAAAUCAGUGGUUAAAAAUUGUAAUCAGUCAAUGAGCAGCUGAUAAGGAGAAGCACAUUUGGUUAAUGGUUUUACAAGUCUUUAAAUAAAGAGAACUUUGUAAUCCUCUGUCCCUAGUCAAUGCUGGACUGUCAAGUCAUUGCAAUAGUGUAAUUUGUGAGUAUGUUUGUUUGAAUUUAAGCUACCACAAGUAUUGAAUUCUGUUGAAAUUAACCAGUCUCUCUUUUAUGCUAUUAAAUAGAUAUUGAAAUGCUAGUCGAGAUACUUUGAUUUUUUUCUCAUGUUGAAAACUUCAGUUUUCAAGUUGUUUGUAGUGAUUCAGUUUCAGUAAGUUAUCUGGUGAUCAUACACAUCUUACUGUCAUCUUUUUUUUUUUUCCUCUCUACUUUUCCCCCCUCUUCUCCGUGUAGUAUUGGGCAGUUUGAAUCUUUAUAUUGAUUGUGGUGAUGUAGUGGAGGCUAUUUUGCCUUCUGUUUCAACAGUAACAUAAGUACAUUUUGUUUUUCUAAAUCUAUUUCACUUGAGGAGAAAAAUGCAAAACGGACAUUAACAAGAUAAGUAUUUAAUUUGGCUAUUGUAUGAAUCCAGUCUGCCUUGCUAGAAUAUAUAAAGGAUGGUGUUUAAUAUUUUUUUUACUAAAAAAUUGUUUGCUGCUUUGCACUACAUAUGGUUGUUACUUUUUUCCCCUUUGUCUGGAAUUUUAAGAGAACUAAACAUUUUAAUCUUUCUAUUUUGAAAAUUUUGUAUUUAAAAGCUGAAUUUAUUCAUUCAACUUCUCUUAAAUUAGGAAGAAAAAAUAGGCAACUACCUACAUUUGUGACUAACCAUUAAAUGAGCUAAAUUAUCAAAUGGUAAACGUUUAUACAAGGUCACUAGAGUAAUCAAACACAAUCUCUUCCUGUUCUUACAGUUUUAUCUUUUUCCCUUUCAAAUGAGGUCAGAAGAGUUUUAAAAUUUUGGAGUUCUUAUCCCUUGCCAGUCUUCCUCAUUUGAAGAAAAAUGCUUGAACCUUAAAUGGAGCACUCUUUCCCCCUUUUAAUGCCACAUUCAAUGCAUUAAUUCAUCAGUAGAAGAGGCUGGUAAGAGUGGAGUGUCCUAGCUCAAGCAAUUGCAGUGUUGCAUGCAGAAUUGCAAAAUGAACUGUCUUAAUUAUAUUUUGUAAAUGGAGAAACAAUCAUAUCUUUCUACGCAGUGAUGGAAGAAAUUAGUGCUUUGUGCAUUUUGAUAUUUGACUUCCUCUUUUCACCAGUGUAACUACUUUGACAUAGUUGUGUUUAUCAUUAUCAUGGUUCAUAGACAUCAGAAUGCUAAACAAUAUUGUAUUUUUAAGUUUGUGUUGUAAGAACGAAUGGAAUAAACUUGAAUUGUAUGACAGA